CUUACGGAUCGGUGGAUAUCGAACAGGGGGAGCAGCGAGAACGGGAGACCAACGGUUUUCUAGGGUUCUGGCAGGGAGACGAGAGGUUUAACCCUCUCCUUCAAUGGCGAUCCGAGCCCUCUCCAGAGCGAAAAUCCCCAAUUUCUCUCCAUCGAUCCUCCGAAUCCUCGCAAAACCCUCGCAUCAAUCCUCUCCUAUUUUCCAUCCCCAGGCCCCGAUACGAGAAACCCAUCCGAGCGAACCAAUUUUCGAGCUCAGGCACCUCUACCACGACGGGAGGCCGCGAGGGCCCCUUUGGAGGGGAAAGAAGCUGUUAGGAAAGGAGGCGCUUUUCGUGAUCCUGGGUCUCAAGAGGGUUAAGGACGAUGAGGAGAAGCUCGAGAAGUUCGUCAAGUCGCACGUGUUGAGGCUGCUCAAGAUGGACAAGAUCGCGGUUUUCAAUGAGCUACAACGGCAGGAUGAGGUGCACUUGGCGCUCAAGAUGUUCAGGAUCAUACAAAAGGAGGACUGGUAUAAGCCAGAUGUGUUUAUGUACAAGGAUUUGAUUAUUGUUUUGGCAAGGAGUAAAAGAAUGGAAGAGGUCAUGCAAGUGUGGGAGAGCAUGAGGAAAGAGGAGGCUUUCCCUGAUUCACAGACAUAUGCUGAAGUUAUCAGGGGAUUCCUGAGACAUGGAUCACCAGCAGAUGCAAUGAAUAUCUAUGAGGACAUGAAGAACUCUCCGGAACCUCCAAAGGAAUUGCCCUUCAGAAUUUUGUUGAAGGGUCUUCUACCACACCCUCUGCUGAGGAAUAAAGUGAAACAAGAUUUUGAGGAGUUGUUCCCGGAAAGACAUAUCUAUGAUCCCCCAGCAGAGAUCUUUGGUAUGAGCUGAGCGACCGUGGCAGCAGAAGAAGAAGGGAAAACGUCAUCUGAUGCAGUGAAGAGGGUUUCAUCAAAAAGAUUCUGCAAAUUAUGUGCUAGCUCGCCCUCACCUUUCGAUCCUUGAUAUCAGAAGCUACUUGCCUUCACAUACCAGUUAGACAUUUCUUUGUCGAGAAAGCUUCUUUUGCCUCCCCCAUGUUGUGAUGUAGACCAUGUUGAGAAAACUUAUUCAGUAUCGAUGCAGAAAUUUUUCACCCAUCCCUCGUUGAAUAUUA